AUGUCAGGUCGUGGUAAAGGAGGAAAGGGUCUAGGAAAAGGAGGCGCCAAGCGUCAUCGAAAAGUGCUUCGUGAUAAUAUCCAAGGUAUCACUAAACCAGCUAUCCGUCGUCUUGCACGUCGUGGUGGUGUGAAGCGUAUUUCUGGCCUCAUCUACGAAGAAACCCGUGGUGUAUUGAAGGUUUUCUUAGAGAAUGUUAUCCGUGAUGCCGUCACCUACACAGAGCACGCCAAGAGAAAGACCGUCACUGCCAUGGACGUCGUCUACGCCUUGAAACGCCAAGGCCGUACUCUGUACGGAUUUGGAGGCAAAGCAAAGGGAAAGUCUAAGACUCGUUCCAGCCGUGCUGGUCUGCAGUUCCCAGUUGGUCGUGUACAUCGUUUCCUGAGAAAGGGCAACUAUGCCGAGCGUGUCGGUGCCGGUGCUCCAGUCUACUUGGCUGCCGUACUCGAGUACUUAGCCGCUGAAAUCCUCGAGUUGGCCGGUAAUGCCGCCCGCGACAACAAAAAGUCGAGGAUCAUUCCUCGUCACUUGCAGUUGGCUGUCCGCAACGACGAAGAAUUGAACAAAUUGAUGUCCGGUGUAACCAUCGCACAAGGUGGUGUGCUGCCUAACAUCCAGGCUGUACUUCUGCCCAAGAAAACCCAAGCAAAAUCCAAGUAA